UUUUUUAAGAUCUGCGGCAACGUAUUAUCUUCGUCAUUGAGCUCAGCCUCUGAAGUGCGAAGUGUUGAAGAAGCUCGUGCGGCUCACAAACCCUAAUUCAAAUCCCUAAUCCCCAAAACCAAUAGCAUUGGGUGUGGCUAUUGCUGUUGCUGCAAUCUGCAAAGGCAUCAACCAUGUCUCACUUCGGAAGGUCAGGUCCACCAGACAUUAGCGACACUUACUCCCUUCUCGUUCUCAACAUCACCUUCCGUACAACCGCCGACGACCUCUUCCCUCUCUUCCACAAGUACGGCGACGUCGUCGACAUUUUCAUUCCCAAGGACCGCCGCACGGGCGACUCCAGGGGCUUCGCAUUUGUUCGCUACAAGUAUGCCGACGAGGCUCAAAAGGCUGUCGAGCGCCUCGACGGCAGGGUCGUCGACGGCCGCGAAAUCACCGUCCAGUUCGCCAAGUACGGUCCCAACGCCGAGCGCAUCCACAAAGGUAGGAUUGUCGAAUCUGCUCCCAGAUCUAAGCGCAGCCGCAGUCCCAGGAGAAGGUAUCGUGAUGAUGAUUACAGAGAGAAGGAUUAUAGGAGGAGGAGUCGCAGCAGGAGUUACGAUAGGUAUGAGCGUGACAGGCACCGUGGCAGGGACAGGGAUUAUCGUCGCCGGAGCCGGAGUCGGAGUGCCAGUCCGGACAAGGGUCGUGGAAGGGGACGCUAUGAUGAUGAUGACCGCCCUAUCCGUAGUAUAAGCCGGAGCCGGAGCCGGAGCCGGAGCCGGAGCGUAGAUAGCCGCUCUCCUGCUAGGCGCAGCCCAAGUCCUCAAAGGAGUCCAUCCCCUAGGACAAGUGCUUCCCCAAGGAAGAAGAGCCCUAGGGGUGAAAGCCCUAGGACUCGCAAUGGACACUCCCCUACACCUGUCUCGCCACGUGGUCGUCCUGAUGCUUCCCGUAGUCCAUCACCUAGAAAUUCUGAUGGUGAUGCAUGAGCUAUGUUUCUUGAAAAUUCGGGAGACACCUUGAGUAAUGCAGAUAUGGCUAUUUUGCUUAUGUUGGAUGUUUUGAUCAUUGUGAACGGUCUUGUUGGAGUCAAGAAUUUUAAGAACUAUGUGCUGGUUUGGUAGCAUCAUACUUCCUCAAUGUUUGAAUGCUAUUCAUAUUUUGAUGUUUCUUAUACUUGGGUAUUUGGUAAUUGUUGCACCUUGUAGUUGGUAGAUUGAUCUUUCAUUCCAUGACAAUUGUUUCUUUUGUUUCAUCCUGUUUGCAUUUUUUUUAUCCGGGUUGCAUGUCACUUUAUAGGAAGCUGUGAUUAUGACUUAAUUGAAGCUCAGUUAAUAGAAGUCGCAAUUUAUGCUGAACAAAUUUUUUGGUUAUAUAGCUAUGAUCGGGAAAAGUGAAAUGGACUGAUAGUGUCAUGUUGAGAUUGCUGCCGUUGAUGCUAAUUCUGUGUUGUUGAUGAUUGACCGUGAAGUUGGUGCUGGUUGCAAGAAAAUGCUGGUUUUAGAACUAUGAUUGUUGGUUUGAGAGAUUUAGCUGAUUUGGUUUACUCCUGAAUAAUAUGAUUAUUGUUAGGUAUGUUAUAUAUAAGCACGCACGUGGCCGAAGUGACGUGGUAGCUGAUACAUCUUUUGUAUGAUAUGCUUUUGUUCGUGAAUAAUAUGAAGAAUUAACCAAUAGCUGCUGCUUGUGGCUGGCUGUUGCUGCCUUUUUUGGGCUGGUCGGUUUGGCAGUGGUAUUAUCACUUGGCACUGAACAUGGCUAUCUAGCUUUGCUACUUCAAAGAUAUACUUAACACAAAUGUUUUUACUGUUAAUAGUUUAUGAAGCAGCAUUCUCAUCUAUUCUCUUGUGUCAUCUGAAGAUACAUAAAUUUGUCAAUCAGGAAAUCGUGGCGCCAUAUGUGAUCACAAUUACUGUUCUUUAAUGAUUAAUGUGUCAUAGAGACGCGGUUUCUCUGAAA